AUGGCACAUUCAGUUUGGAAGCAUUACGAAACCUGCGACGAAAUAGUUAAAAAAUUACUUCAGUACUGUCCAAUAUGGCGGGAAUCAAAAAUUCAAAGAUCGUUAAAGAUUUUUUUGCAGUUUUACGCUAUUAUCGUUAGUACGCUCGUAUCUUAUUCCAUAUUUGUGGCGGCAUCGAGUGCUUCAGAUGUGACUUCUGUAACAGAAUAUCUCGCAUCAGGGAUCGGUCUCAUGAUCCUGCCAGUCAAGCUGGCACCCACUGUCAUUUGUAAAGACACGUUUAUGGAGAUCUAUGAGCAGUUGGAUAUGGAUUUACGUAAUUAUUGCAAUGACACAGCGAUGAUAACGAUGGAGAUGGCAACGUUGAAGCUAUUCGGUUCAGCAAUGAAAUUUUAUGUGAUAUGCUAUAGACUUCUGGUGCUGAAUUACGUUAUCAUUCCUCUGAUGUUCAUGAUCUAUCAGAUAUCAUUCAAUAUUCGACCGAUUAUAUUGAUGUUCCCUUAUCCAGGCUCAUACCCAGAUAAUUUCACAAAGACUUACUGA